AGCUUUGAAUCCAGGAAAAGAGGAAAGAUGAAGUGAGGUGGACCAGGUUUUUUUAGUAGAAUCCUUAAUUUUCUCUAGUUUGCCCCACCUAAUGUCUCCUUGCCCUUUCAGUCUAACUGGAUUCACAUUCUACAAGCUGUCAGCCCUGUUCGGCUGUUGGUAGUGCUUUAUCAUGGUCUUUUUCUGUCAUGUAGAACGCUGCCAUAUGAAAAGGGGUCAGAACUGGCCUUUUUAGAUUGAAAAAAUCAGUGUUCUUUGCAGUGGCAAUGUUGUGGUUAGUUUCGAAGCUUUCACUGGAAUGCUUAGCUUACAUGGGAAGUAUGAACCGUAAAACAGACCAUAAGUAAAAAAAGACUCUUAACAUGCCGUGCAACAAGCAAGCAAUGUUCAAGGGAUACUAUUGGUGGCAGAAAAUAUUAGUAAAUACUGAGUAUGUACUCUGGUGCUUUCAAGGGUGAAUUCUCCAUUACCAGUUAGAGCCUUUGAAUGUGCUUGGAUAUAACCAGUUGCAUACUGGAGGAGUGUUUUCGAUGAUCGUAUGAGUACAAGCAGAGCAACAGCAGCGCACACAACUGGUGGAAGGAACAACUCUUCUAGUCCAAGCCUACCUUUGAGUCACACAGGGCUGGAAUGGGUGGAAAUCAUCGAGCCGCGCACCCGAGAGCGGAUGUACGCCAACCUGUUGACAGGGGAAUGCGUCUGGGAUCCCCCCCAGGGCGUGCGCAUCAAACGUACCAGCGACAACCAGUGGUGGGAGCUCUUCGACCCCAACACCUCCCGCUUCUACUACUACAACGCCUCCUCGCAGCGCACUGUCUGGCACCGGCCCCAGAACUGUGACAUCAUCCCCUUGGCCAAGCUGCAGACUCUGAAGCAGAACACUGACUCGCCUCGCGCCUCAGCCGAGAACAGCCCCGGGAGGAACAGCGCCGUCAGCCGGGAGGGCAGCACAUCCUCCUCGCUGGAGCAGGAGCUGCUGGAGACGGGGGGAGGAGGAGGAGGGGGCGGCAGCGGAGGAAAGCAGGGCCUGACCAACACGCUGAGCAGGGAGGAGGCCGAGAGGACGUCUCCUUUCCGCUGGAACACAGGCACCAAGGAGCGCAUGCUGAUCAAGGUGACAGACCGCGAGCCCAGCUUCUUGUCCCACCAGGGCAACGGCUUCUCCCCUUGUGAGGGUUCUGGAACGGGAAGUGGGACUCGCUCACGACGUUCGUCCGGGAACGCCCCCCCUGAGCCAGACAGCCCUUCUGUCUUCUACCCUGAGCGCCGUCAGUCACCAUUCCUGAAGCGGGCUGAUCUAGGGGGGUCACCCCUGCUGGGGGGAGGCGGGGGAGGGCAGCUGCGGCGCGCCUCAGGUGACUCCCAGCCUCCCUCGCCCCGCUACGCCUAUGAACCACCCCUGUACGAGGAGCCUCCCUCUGAGUACCAGCCCCCUAUCUAUGAGGAGCCUCCCACGGACAUGCACUGCGAGGCUUCCCCCUACAGCAAGGCCUGCUCCUCAUCACCAUCCCCCUCCCCGCAACAGAAAUCUCCAGCCCGCAAGUCCCAAUUGCCUCUCUUCCACUCCCCAAAGCAGGGCUCCCAUCACUCGCCCUUCCAGCAGCUGGUGCUCACCAAGCAGAAGUGUCCAGAGAAGUCCAUGAGCCUGGAGUAUAGUCCGGCAGGGAAGGAGUACGUGAAGCAGCUGGUCUAUGUGGAGCAGUCAGGCUCCAGCCCCCGGUUCAAGACUGCUGACCGGCUGCAUCGGUACCAGACAGCCAACCCUGGGGUAGGAGGAGGCAUGGUUGGGGGAUACGGUGGGUUCGGGGGCUCCUAUACCCUGCAGCACAGCCAGUCUCUGAUCAGGGACCCCCGAUCUGCAUGUGACUACAGUAGGGGAGAGAUGGGAGGCGGCGGAGGGACAGGUGGAGGAGGUGGGGAGAUGGGUGAGCUGCGACAGCGCCUACACUAUGAGGAUUCGAUGUCCUGGUCCAGCAGCAGCCAACAUGACUCCCUCUCCUCCUCCACAGGGGGUGGUUACUCUCCUGGUAACCGGAAACGCAAGACCCGCAAGCCCUCUCUGCCCCAAGAGGUGCUAGCCCACUGCGGGGAGGGGCCCAGUGACUGCGAGGGAGGGGGCAGUGGCCGGGUGCCUGACUCGCCCCACUCUGCAUAUCCCGAGUCCUUCUUGGCUCACGCUCGGCUGGCUUGGGAAGCCCAGCAAGUGCACCAGCUGAAGCAGCGCAGCAGCUGGGAUGCAGCUCAGCAACAACAGCAGCAGCAGCAGCAAGGGGGUGGGGGUGGAGGGGGGAGUGUAUCUCAGAACCAGCAGUCGCAUGGAGGGGGCGCCAAGGACGGGUACGAGAGUGACGGCGCCGUGCCCCUGCCCUUGCCUGGCCCCGUGGUGAGGGCAUUCAGCGAGGACGAGGCAUUGGCACAGCAAGAUGGACGCCACUGGAAGCGCAGCACAUUCGAGAGGCUGGGCUUCCCCCAGGUGCUGUUGGAGAAGAGCCUGUCAGUGCAGACCAACCUGGCAUCACCGGAGCCAUACUUGCACCCCUCACAGUCCGAGGACCUUGGAGCCUGUGCCCAGUUCGAGAACAGUCGGAACGCCCGCAACAUGAUGCCAAGUGCCAGCUGUGUCUUCCCAGAAUUCACGCUGCGGAAGCCUUCCUCAGAGACAGAUAUCGAGAAUUGGGCGUCCAAACACUUCAACAAGCAUACACAGGGACUGUUCCGGCGCAAAGUGUCCAUUGCCAACAUGCUAGCCUGGAGCAGUGAGUCGAUCAAGAAGCCCAUGAUCAUGACAACAGACCGUGGGGUGAAGAAGGAGGCAGUGGAGAUCUUCAAGCUCAUCCAGAUGUACAUGGGUGACCGGCGAGCCAAGACAGACCCCCUGAACGUGGCUCUGGAGAUCGUGGUGAAGGGCUGGAGCUGCCAAGGACUGCGGGACGAACUCUACAUUCAGCUGUGCCGCCAGACCACAGAGAACUUCCGCUAUGACAGCCUGGAGCGUGGCUGGGAGCUGAUGGCCAUUUGCCUUGACUUCUUCCCACCAACACCCAAGUUCCACUCCUACCUAGAGGGUUAUAUUUACCGGCACAUGGACCCCCUCAAUGACACUAAGGUGUCGCAGCACAUUAGAGAGCUGCUGGAGGCCCGGGACAAGAGGAGGCCCAAACUGCGGCGCCGAGCCAGGCCCCCUGACCCACACACCCUGGGUGUGGCCAUCAGCACCUAUGCCAAGUACUGUUACCGCAAACUGCAGAAGGCAGCUCUGACUGGCGCCAAAAAGGGUUUGCAGAAACCCAACCUAGAGGAAAUCAAGCAUGCGCGGAACGCUAUCUUCAGCCCCUCGAUGUUCGGCAGCUCGCUGGAGGAAGUGAUGGCAUUGCAGAAGGACAGGUACCCCGAGAGACAGCUACCCUGGGUGCAGACGCGGCUCUCAGAGGAGGUGCUGGGGCUCAACGGGGACCAGACCGAGGGCAUCUUCAGGGUGCCAGGUGACAUUGAUGAAGUCAAUGCACUGAAACUACAGGUGGACCAGUGGAAGGUGCCCACUGGGCUGGAGGACCCCCACAUCCCAGCAUCCCUGUUGAAGCUGUGGUACCGGGAGCUGGAGGAGCCCUUGAUCCCUCAUGAGUAUUACGAGGAGUGCAUCACUAACUACGACAACCCUGAAGCCGCUGUGCGUGUGGUGCACACACUGCCAAACAUCAACAAACUGGUGCUGUGCUACCUCAUCCGCUUCCUGCAGGUGUUUGCUCAGCCUGCCAAUGUGUCUGUCACCAAGAUGGACGUGAACAACCUGGCCAUGGUGAUGGCGCCCAACUGCCUGCGCUGCCAGUCCGAUGACCCGCGCAUCAUUUUCGAGAACACACGCAAGGAGAUGUCCUUCAUCCGCAUUCUCAUCCAGGGGCUCGACACCAGCCUCAUGGAAGGGGUGCUAUAGCUGGAGGAGAGGACUGCUCCACGCAACACUCACACUCACACUCACACUCACACAGAGAGACAGGGUCCUUACAGUAUGUGGAUAUGCAGAUAGAGAGACACACAAUGACAUUGGAAUACAGGGUCCCGUACAACACAUAUCAGCACGGACAUACUGGGUCAUUCCCGUGUAGAUACUGACACACACAGACAGACACAUAUUGGAGACACUGACAGACACACAAACACAGAGAACUGGACACACCCAGACAGAACUGGACACAAGUACAAGCACUAACAUUAACAGAGAAUGAGAGGAGCUUGCAAUGUUGCUAACAGACUAUCCAGCUGCAAACAGCUCCUGCAGACAGGCACUGAUGAUGCUUCCUCCAGCCCAGGUUCUCCACUUCAGUCUGGGUCAGAACCAAGAUCAUAGAGUCAGUGUCUUUGCCAGUUGCCAUACUUCUACACUGCCUGUGAGGCUGUAUCAGGGCCUGCCAAAUGGACUGGGUGUAUACACCAUCUAGCCUCUUCAUCGUUACCUAAAGAGCUUAUGGUACCCUCCAGACACUGUGAGAGGAUGCUUAUAUACAGUAUGUGUAUGUAUAAGUACUAUAUAAAUAUUAUAUAUACUAGUAUACAUAUGUACAUAGCCCUGUAAUGUUAACCUGAGUAGGCAGGGAUUGCAGAUGCUGGUUCAUUCUGCCAAGACAGAAGAUUGAAACGUUCAUAUCUGUAAGCUUGGCCUUGUGCAUCAUAAUCAUUCCUUGUGCGUGAACACAUUGUGCAUAAAGUUAACCAUGUGCAGCAGAAUUUUUGUGACGGGGCUCUGUAUAUAAGUAUAUUUUACAUUAUUUUGUCCUCACACUGGGCUGUGGCCUGCUAUGAAGGGUAACACACACCUGAGCUCUGUCUUCUGCACCGCUUCCAUCACAGUGCUUAUUAACAAUGCUGCGUUGUACUUCAGAGAUUGUUGCUGAGAUCUGUCUGCCUUCUAGCCCUUGUAGAAGAGAACAGAGCACAAGCCCAGCCUCCCUCCAGGAACUUGACUGUUACAUGCAGACACAUGUGUGCCACAUGAGUUUACCAACAAAUAACUCCUUCAGACUCCAAAAACAAACUCAAAUUGAAUUUCUAAUUAUUCUAAAUAUUCCCAGUGACUUGCGGCUCCCUCUGGUUAGAGAACAGUAGGGAUAAUCAAAUACCAGCCCUGCCAACGUAUUUCAGUAAUAUUUUUGGACGUACCAGCUAACUCAAAUUCAAGUUCAUAGAACUUUAUUGGCAUGACUGAUGAUAAGCAUUUGACAGUUGGUGAAUAGUGGCUUUUCUGACACAUUUGCAAUCAUUUGGAACAAUAACAUAAUUAUAUGAGAGAGUCGCUACUUUGUUACAUAAUAGAAUUGACUAUUAAACAAUGAAAUGAUUAAAGAGCUGGUUGUGCCAAACUCCUGCAGCACUGUUUAAUGGAAGACCUGGUGUUCGGCUUUGAGGUCCACACUGCUCAGGAGCUGGGAGUCGUGACUGGGGUGCCUGACAGCGGAGGUCCUGUGAUCCCCUCUGUGUCCAUCACUGGCAAACUGGGGCCACAGGGAGUGAACAGUCCUCUGUACCCCAGUAGUACCCAAUCAAUUCACAUCUCCAUUCCAAGUGAGGGCUCAAUUGCACUAACUCCUCAUUUUACAAAAAGGUUUGCAUUGCAUGGAAAUCAGUAAUAUAAGCAAAAAGUUAAGCAAGUAUGAAAUGUCCCAUUAAUUUAAAAGCAACAAUUAGAGAUUAUAUAAAUAUUUAUAAACUAUCGAAAGGAAAUGUAAUAAAUAUUACAAAUAUAUAUACUAUAUUCAUUUUGUAUAAGAAACAGCAAUUAAUCUGGAAUAGACAGUACUAAAGAAAACAAACAGUGUAAGGGAACACAAAUGAAAACAGAAAAUGAAAUGGCACUAUUUUAGCCAACAAGAUGGAGGCUGUGUGCUGUCUAGUUUUCUGUCCAGAUUUGUAGGCAGACUAGUCUUCUAGCCUGUAGCGCUAGUGAUGUUGACAAGUUUGAAAAUCUAGAUGGAUUACAAGAUAAACAACAAACAAUAUAGUACAAAGAUGGUGACUGCAAGUGCAGGGCUGUCCACAUAAACACAGCUAUCUUUGCAGCAAAAACCAAUUACUCAUAUGGGAAAAUGGGCUAUUCCAUUUUCAAAAACAUUGAAGUGAAAACUCAUUAAUUAAAUGUUUGUAUGAUGAGGAGUUUGUGUAAUUCAUUACAUCCUUAAUUGAACUAGUAAUGUGCUUAACUAGAAUUUUUAUAUUGCUAUCAACUCUCCUUAAGCUGUAGGUUUCAAGUUGCUCAUGUAUGUGUAUACUUAAAUUGAUGCAAGCAAUUUAAGAGGCAUAUAUAUGUAUAGAGCAAUUAUUUGAUCAAUUGAGGGUGCAAUUAAGUCACUGUGAGCUCUGAAUUGGUUUUCAAAUUCAUUUGCCACUUAGAAAUAAUGUGAAAUUAUCUCCAGAUACAGACAGAUUAGGCACAUGAAGUGACCUCAUAGAGACAGCAUCCAGGACUGCACCGUCUGUGUGGCAGAGGCUCAAGAGGUCCUCCUGGCUCUUGAGAGGAUGCUUAACAUCCUGCAAGGGGGCAAGAGUUUUAGAAGGGACAGGAGGCUACAUAUGUAAAUUAGACCUUAGGCACAUUUAACUUAAGAACUGUUACAAAUGAGCCAUUUGGCCCAUCUAGCCCAUUAGGUACUGUAGUUAGAUGCUAAUUAAUCCAAGAACUUCAUCCAUCUGUUUUGUUGAAAAGGUAUCCAGGUUAUCAGCUUCACCACUAUGGCUGUGUAAUUUAUUCCAUGCCCCCACAAUCCUUGGGGUUACAGAACAGCUUUUUGGAAGACAUUUUUCAUGUAUUACCAAGGAGGCCCUUCCGUUCUAGAGAAUGUGUGCACAAUCUUAGUGUGCCAGCCAGAGCUCUGGGUCAGCACUCGUAACAUGCCAGAGGGAAUGGGCCGUACCAUUGUCACUUCUGGAUUAACCACAGGCCUCUUUUCCUACUAGACAAAAGCAGCAAGUCCUGGCAGCACACAGCAUGUUGCCUUUUGUGUCUUGUUGCUUUUAUAAAGCAGAUUUGUGACUUUGUUUGAUUUGCCACCAUCACUCCUAAUCCUAAUACUUGGUGGACAGUGGAAAGGCUGGCCUGGCCUGGCCUGGGAUGGUCCUGUCACUGCACUGCUGCUAUAGGAUAAGAUGGUUCUGACUCUGCAGCUGAGGUGACAGAGGGGAAACUAAACUCAUUCUCUGAAGCCACAGCAGGUCCUAAACUAAGUAUUGAGCAUUUUCCUCCAUGUGUCAUGUGCCACACCUUUUAGAAAGUGGAGAACCAAAAAAGAAACACUGCUGACAAUGAUUCUUAACUUAGCAUCCUAAGUAUUUUGUGUAGCUUCUUAGGAUUUUUUUCUUGUUAGGAAAAAUGUAACAUGCUGAAAAGCAGCAUGGUGGUGAAAGAUUUUCAAAUGCCAAUGAGAGAUCUUGCCCUUCAUUCACCUCGGUCAGUGUCUCGGUUCAUCUAUCUGUGUGUUUGGCUGUGUGAGGGCAUCACUGUGAGUAUGUGUGUGGGCUGCAUGUACUGUAACAGUGUUUGAUAUUUGUUGAUUGCUAUUAUUUUGAGGUCUUCUGUUUAUUGUCUGCUUUGGCUUAAUAUGGCUUCCAUUAGUCUUUUUUAGUCAUGUUAUGUAAUGCAUUUAGAAAUAUAUUUUAGUUGCUUUUGUGAAUGCCUCUUGGAGCAGUGAUAGAGACAGUGUGGCAUAUUUCUGUGCAUAUAUAUGUGUGUUGGCCUCUUUGCAGUUUUAACACAUUCAUUCAGAACAAAGCACAGAUGGUAUUCGUACCAACCGGAAAACAAAUUCAGACAGUGGGUUAGUUCAGAACACUUUCCAGUAAUCUAAUUUUUCAUUGCAAGGCUCUAAGGGGUUUGUCUGUGGACAAACUGUCCAUCGGUGAAAGUGAUCCCUACCAGCCUGUGAGAGACUUUGCCAGCGUUAACUGUGGCAGACUGUGGUAAUAGAGAAACAGAUGUUAGUAAAAGCAUCAGACUAUUUGAAAUAUCCUGAUACAUGCAUAAAUGCAAAUUUGGGAUCUGUUUUACAUAAUAAUUGUCUGUGCUGUGUGAGUUAAAGGAAGGCAGUUUCAGUAGAAAAAAGACCCAAGGACAAAAAUAUCCCUUUGCUCCAUUAGGCCACAUGCCACUGCAAUUUCGCUGCUAAAAUGUUUUUAGAUUGUUUUAUUUCAGUCUUCUUAUUGAUGGUUUGUUUUACUAUUCAGAUUGUUACUGAAGUGUGUCUGUGAGUGUGAAUUGAAGCCUUCUUUAUACAGUAGCAUGUGUGUUGGAGUGCCAGUAACUUUGUGCUGGGGCAUUAUGUCUAUUGUCUGUGUGUGAGUGCUUCUUGGGUGCUAUGAUUCAUAAAGCAUGCACCAUAGUAAUGUUUACAACAGGCUUUAGAAAAAGGAACAGCCUUUAUUUAACCUUGCCCAUAUUCCCAAAUAUCAGACGGAAAGUUUUAACAAUAUCUGCAGAGGAUCUUGUAAGAGCAAGUGCAAAGCUAUAUCGCUUCAGUGUGUUAAUGCUGGGGUAAACCCUUGUUCUUGAGUGUGUGAUGCGUUACACUCAUUAGGAAACGUAACAGCCUCUUUUAUGCUUAAACAUUGGAAAUUGCAGAUCUCACAUUACAGUUAUAAUAAGUUCAUAAAACCAAAGUGAUUCAAGACACACUUAAAUGAAUGCCAGAGAGCCAGCGAAUGUUGUGUUAGGGGACUAGGUAAUGGUGAUGUGCCAAUAGUUCCCACUUCCAGAACAGCAAGAUCUAAUUUACAGGUCCACAUCAAUUUAAAAUGCCUUUGUGAGGCAAUCUAUAUUUCUGACUAGUCUUUGCACCUGAGGUGUCCCUGGUAGGCUUCUGUAGAAGGCAAACAUUUUGGCUCAUCUCCAAAAUAAGAGUGGCUCAGUCAAAAUGGCUGCUUUCUACAGAAGCCUCUCAAGGACAUCUCAGUUGCAAAGACCAGUCAGGAAUAUAUAUUCCUUCACAGACUUUCAAGACAAACCAAAGAGGCAUAGUCCUUCUCAAGGUUAGAACUGCUUUCACCCAACAUGAAUUGGCUGAACAUGGAAAGCUAAAUCUGUUUCAGGGAGCAGAUAAAGAUUCAUUCCAUGCUGGAAGAUAAAAAAAAACCCAAUGAUUCAGCUGUAGAACCUUUUUAAGUUGAUCAAGUCAAAACGUUGUAUUUCUUUUCUUACUUUCAGCAUGGAAUGAAUCUUCAAUGGUUCCUUAUGCAGCCCAUGCAUGCUGACACAACUUCCUACUCGAAUGUCUUACAUCUGUUUUAAUUGAAUCCCCAUCUUAUGGGUUUUACUUAUUUGCACAACUCUUGCAAUAUUAAGGAUUUAUAAUUGACUUUUUUGGGUGGAGGUGGGGCACUGUGUGGUUGCUUUAGAAAAGGUGAAGUCUUCUAUUAAGUGUGAAUUAUUAACAGAAAGGUUCCCCAUCUCUCUUGGGACACCCUUCUGAAGCAUGAUGGUGUGAAAAUCAUCAGGAGGAGGAAGAUUUGUGCUGCCUUCAUUUCCAUCUUUAUCAUCUCCAGGACCUGUGUGUGUGAGUGUGAGGCAGGGUAAUAGAGUAAUAGAUGAAUGAGGAAAGGAAAGCUACCAUUGUCAUGUUUUCUCCUGGUUCUGAACCUCUUGAGUAAGCUGGUGCUGCAGUCAAUGGUAGAAGGAAUCUCUCAGUCAUCCCACAUCUUUGACCACUGAAACUGGCAGGACCAACAUGUAUAUACAGCCACGUGUACAAAACAAACAUGUAAAAUAGAAAUCUAAAUAGAAUAAUGAAAAUUGCAAUGGACAUAGUCCUGACAGAGCAAGUUGUUUUUAUAUGAAUAGAGGCAGUUUGUAUUUCAGACAAAAGGUUGUGCCCUAGAGGAAUGAGACUGACUCCCGUUGAGGUUUAUACGGGCCAGGGUUUGACCUUUCGGGCGGAUAACUGUGGCCUCGGAGGUAGAAAGACUGCGCAGACUUAAAAUCAUCACACAGAUUUUAAUUCUGAUCACUGUCUGGUAAGACACUGCUGUGAGAUAUUGUACCAUGUACAUACUGUAUGACCUGCUAUUUAAAAACAAGCAGAUUAGAGAAGAAAUAUACUGUACAGUGAGUUCAAAAUGAAACAUGCACAAAACAAUGCCAUGUCUGGCUACCCUUUCAUCCUGUGCAUCACGCAGGGCCUGAUGCAGACGGUUGUGUAAAAGGCUGGGUUUUUACAUCAGUUGUGGGAUAGGUUAUGGGUAGAACUGGACAAGUACACCAUGUUUGGGAGUGCUUACUCUAAUAUGGCAGGGCUUUGUCUUAGAUGCAUUCAAUAAUAUAUAUAUAAUUUAUUUUCUAAUUUCCAAAACUACACUCUUAAAAGUAGAGCAAAUGUCAGCAGAAGAGUAGAUCCCUCAGAUCUAGGUAAUAGGAAAGGAAUCCCUUCCCCGACAUCAGUGACAACAAGUGAAAUUUAACCUGCUCAGGUGAGGACUAAGUUCUUCUGACAGGGUUGUAGAUGUCCAUCUGUCCUGGGACAAGAGGGGAGGGUCUGGGAGAAAGAAAGUCACAGGGUUGUACUGGGGGUGCUGCCAUGAAGAUCACCAUAGCUACCGAUUCUUUCCUGCAUGUGUCAUGUGAUCAAACAGCCAAUCAGAUCUCAGUGGGUUUACUAUUCAGCAUCCAGGUGGGAGUGGGUAAGAGAAUCUGAGAGACUCCUAGGUUUGUUUACUCUUUCAGAAACAUAAUAAUAAUUAAAAAAAAACCUUACAUUUACAUUUGAACUACAUUCUGUUUUAAAAAAACUUUUAAAAGAGAUAUUUUUUGUUUGUGUUUUUUUAUUUUUUAAUUUAUUACUGCUGUUGAUGUUCUUCUGACAGUUGAUGUCCAUAUAGUUACUAUUAUUAUUAUAAUUACUAUUGAUUGGAGACGGAGGAGCAACUGCAAAGACUCUAUCCUCUGCUCCCCUAAUCCCCCCAACCCCAGGUUUCUGUUUCAAGGAGAAGUGUCACACACCCUGUAAGAAAUCGUACAGGGGGGACAGGACAUUGUUUAAAUAAAUUAUUGAAAUGUGA